AUGGGUGAUCCACUGGGGUACAGUUCUAGUCAUCUUCAUCCACAGGCCGCUUCAGCUCCGGCAGCUUCUACCUCCCAUUCUCCCUCCCUCUCUCCUACUCCCACUCCCUCGAUACAUCUCUCUCCAGCGGGUGCUGGUGCUGCCGGGGGUGCCGGUAAUAAUGGCUCACAGGAAUACCAGCAGUUCUUGAGUGCGACUUGGGCAGGACAGGAUGGGGGAAAUGCUACCACAACGGCGACGGGGUCGAAGAAAUCGGCCCAGCCAACAGCGACAACAAAGAUCCGUCGCCGGAAUCGAAUGAUAACGUCCUGUCUAGAAUGUCGACGACGAAAGCUCAAAUGCGACAGGCUUCAUCCAUGUACCAACUGCUCCAAGUUCAAGCGUCACUGUCUUUUCUUGUCCCCCACUACGGAUGCACUAUCACGUAUGAAACUGAUGGAGCUAAAGGAGAAGAUGGGAUCUCUAGAACUCGUUCUCGAGCAGGACGUUGCCGCCAGACAGUCGGGCCAGGCGGACCGGGACGAUAAUGGGGUUGGAGCUUCUAUUACGGCUUCUGCGCCUGUAUCUGGGUUCGUGUCGGGAAUACUACCGGACGAACAUACCGGUAAUGAUCGAAAAGGUGAAAAGUCCUUCGAUUCUAGUACACUGGAGAUACUCGACAGCCUGGAACAAGAGAGAGGGGACCCUAUUCCGGAUGAUGAGAGGUAUCUGCGACCUACACCUUUGGCUGUCAUGGAUGCAGCAUAUGAUGAUGAUGCCGAUGAUGAUACCUUUGACAUAGGUUUCAAGCUAGGGAAAAUGAGAAUGACAGAUCGUCUUGGAGGCUUCUUCAGGCCCAGGAUUGCAGACGAACUUUCGGUCGUGCUAAAGGAGCCAAAGGUCAGCAAUGGAGUCGCGGAUACAUCUCUAAACACUCCCGUCAAGGUCCCAGAAAUGAAACCACCACGUCUGCGAGAUCUGAUGCCGGAAGGCCAGGAAUCUUUUUUCCAUCCUGGGCCAACGUAUAUAGCUCCUCAUUCCGAUUUCUUCUUCGGCGGUAGUCGAAAGACAUCCCUGGCAGACUUCUUACCAACAAAAAAUGCAUCAGAUAGGCUGUUGGAACAGUACUGGGUAUCUGUUGACCCUGUCGCUAAGAUACUCCACCGACCAACGUUUGAGAGGCAGUAUCGAGAGUUCUGGUCUGAUGUCACUAGAAGCCUUGAACCCCCAUACUCCCUACAAGCUGUUGUAUUUGCAGUUCUGUUCUCGGCCGUUGCCAGCAUGCAGGAACAUCUCGUCUUGAGUACGUUUGGGGUAGCCCAGAAGAAACUCAUCGAAAAUUUCCAGCUAGGUACAGAGAUGGCACUUGGAAAAGCCCAUUUCCUCAAGACUACAAAGACUCAGACCCUACAAGCCCUUGUCAUGUAUAUGAUCCCAAUGUGCCGAAAUGAGGUCUCACGAACACAUUCAGCCCUAGUUGGAACUGCCAUUCGCCUGGCCGAAUGCAUGGGCAUCCAUCGUGAUCCCGAAGAAUAUGGCCAUGGCCCUGUCGAGACUCACAUCCGUCGGAUGAUCUGGUAUCAACUUUGCUUCCUGGACAUUCGGACAAGUGAAUCCCAAGGACCACGCCAAACAAUCAGACGAGAGGAUUUCUCAACUAAAUUCCCUCUCAACGUCAAUGAUGCCGAUUUCUUAUUGCACCCUGAUAUCCGUCUUACGGAUAUGCCCAAGUUUACAGAUAUGACGUUCACUCGCUUACGGUUCGAAUGCCAUGAACUACAUCGACUCGUCUAUGUUGAUAGAAUGAAGCUGGAGACGGGCAGCGUCUCACUAACGAGGGUGCUGGGGAAAAUCGAAGCGUUUAGACAGGCUACUUACGCAAAGUAUGGUCCUUUGAUCUACGUUACCAACCCUCGGCCCAUCCAGCGUGCAGCACAGUUGGUACUGUCGAUACUUAUCUGUCGCAGCUAUACGGCUGUACUGCAUCGAUACCACAAUAGCGUCUCAGUUAGGAUUCCAGACCGCCUGCGCCAGAUUAUCAUCACUGCUUGCACUCAGAUUCUCGAAGAUGCUAUUGAACUCGAAACCUCGCCGGAUUUACAACCUUGGGCCUGGUAUAGUGGCGCCUUCAACCAAUACCAUGUGGCUUUUCUGAUACUAAUGGAAGUAUGGGCGUACCCUAUGCGAAAAGAAGCAGAUCGUAUCUGGAGAUGCUUAGAUUAUGUUUUCGAAACGCCAUCGACUCCAGCUCUUCCUGGUAAUGCAGGUAAAAAUGCUCGCCAUCAGCUGAUAAUGCAGCGGGAUAGAAAGGCUCGAUUAAUACUAGAGCAGCUCAGAGACAGAAUGGAGGCCUAUCGUGAGAUGAGGAAGCUAAGGGUACCCAUAAGCAUGGCUGAUACCAAAGUUCUGAGAAUGACCCCUGAGGCUGGUGCAUCUCGCGAACCAAGUCCACCCCAGGCAUCUGAUCAAACCGCUGGAAACGGUACUCAACUAUGGGGACCUCAGUAUACUACUCAGCCCUUUGAAGAAAACCGGCCAAUACCAGCGCCAUCUAAUCAGUCCCUUCAUCCCUCUUCUCGGUUAUCACCUCCUCGGAUGUUUAGCCAUGAACAGUAUCAGCUCAUAUCACAGCAAGGACGACGGCUCUCCCCAGCAUCUCAGAUGCAACAGUAUCAACAUGGUCAACUGAGAUAUCAACAGCCACAGCAACAGCAACAGCGUCCUUCUACUUCAUCUUCAUACUCGCCCAACCCGGAUUAUAACCACAGCUUCCAGCAACCUGGGUUCGUACCAGACUACUCAGGUCGGGUCCCAGGAAGAGAAAGCCUAGACUCAGGCACCGGAUCCGAGGAAUCUGGCAUGGGACAGCUUUGGUUUACUUCUGGGGUUGAUAAUACUAAUGCUGGAGCUGGCCUCGCACCACCGUUGAAUUCUGCACCGCAACGCCCCUCAGCCAUAACUGCAAGACUAAACAACACGGAGGAAGACCUUCCUAUGCUUGAUAUUGACUGGCUAAAUGACCCUGCCAUCUAG